UUAACUGUCACUCUUAACCCUCUUUAAUUUUUGUGUUCGGUAUACGGGUUGCCAGCUUCGCAUAAGUUACCGGAAAAAUAGAAAAGGGUCGUAACGGUAACAAGAAAAAAACCUGUACUUAACACCACUAUCAUAACCGUUAUUUAUUACGUUAUUAUAGAAGGUAGUAAAAAAGUUGUUUGUGUUUAAAUUUAAAUUAGUUGUGUCGUAAUUUGUGCCCUUUUGAUCAUGCUGCGGAAUGAUGCAAUUUCUUACCAAGUUUGAAUUCGUGGAGCGCUCGUAAUAGGCAGUCGAUGUUUUAACAGCAAAAUAAUGCAACAUGCACACAAACACUUGUAUAAUUUAGGAAAAAAAUUCAAGAAUUGCUGAAGAACUUUGUCAUUGAUGCAGUCUCACCUCGAGGUGGCCCUCUUAGGGCACAACUCUAAUCUAAAUACUUCUACCAAUGUAGAUGAUGAUGAAAACAAUUACCAUGAUGAAGAUGGAGACGACAUAGAAGAUUAUAUUGACGAGGAUGUAGAAGGGGACAAUGGUUCCCGUUGUGGAAAACAAUCUGUUGCGAGUUCUGCAACUCCUCGCACUGUAACACUUCAAAUGUUAUUGUCAGCUGAUAUCUUACAACCCGGUAACGGAACUAUGACUAUAGAAUAUUUGGGACAGAGAUUUGUGGGAGACUUGUUAGAAGACGGUAAGAUACGAAGUCAAGAAACUGACAUUGUUUUUGCGUCACCGAGUGCAUGGGCUAUUGCGUGUAAAAGGUUUAUCAAUCCAGAUAAAAAAUCCGGAUGCGGCUGGGCUUCUGUUAAAUAUCGUGGAAGAAAAUUGGAUGCUUAUAAAAACAUAUGGUACAGAAAAAAGAAAGAAAAACGAAGCCAAGAAAUUGACAGUGUGGUAGAAUUUUCCACUACGAUACAGAAAAAUUUACAAAUAAACAUGCAGUACCACAGGGUUAUUGUGAAACAUAAUACCAUAGCUAACCGGACUUUGACACAUGAUGCCAAUACAUUAGUUGAGUGCAUUCCAUUUUCGAAUUUGGGGAAAAUUCAACCAUUUUUGGUAUCGCUGUCUACAAAUGCGGCAUUGUUAAUGGAUUUUCAUUGUCAUUUAACAAAGUCGGAAGUAUGUGGUUAUCUUGCUGGCCAUUGGGAUGUUAACAAUCAUAACCUACAUGUUACUCAUGCUUUUCCGUGCCGAAACACCAAGUCUGAUAGAAGGAAUGCGCAAGAAGUAGAAGCAGAAAUUUCACGAUCAAUUGAUAAAGAAAAGAUUACCCUCGUUGGCUGGUAUCACUCCCACCCAUUUGCAGCAGCAGCACCAACACUUCGAGAUGUAGAUGCUCAGUUGGAUUAUCAAAUACGAAUGAAAGGGAGUUCUGAUAAUAACUAUAUGCCAUGUAUUGGAAUGAUAAUUUCACCCUACAGCUACGAAAACAAUUCUUUGGAAUCCAGCAUUAUAUCAUACUGGGUCAUACCGCCUCCUGAAACAAAACCAAAUGAGUAUGGGCGUCCAAUGUUGAUGUCUUACAGCGUUAUACAAGAUUCAUUGAUAACAACAAAUGUAAAAGAAGAAAUUAAAAGAUGCGUUGAAUAUUAUAAAAAAGAAAGAGAUUUUAUUAAUUUUAAUGAAAGAUAUUUAAAUAACAACUUGUAUAUAGACAAAUUAAAAAAUACACUCUUAUCGAAAUUUCCCCGCGAUGAAAACGAAACUGUUCUGUGGUGUUUUAUCAAAGAUGCUGUGGGUCAUCAUACUGAAGAAAAUGAUUGUUUGUUGUCUAUUCCAUCAAUUUCCAAGUCACCUUUAUUACCAAAUCUUAAUUCAUCCUUAAGCUCAAAUCUAAUAUUACAAAGUGAUAUUUCGAAUAUUUUAUUUAAUUCUGGGAAGUUUCCCACAGCGAGCAGCUUAUUAGGACUUCCUGACCCAAUGGCACAUAGUACUUUGGCUGCAAAUAAUAUAUUUUUGUCGACUAAUCUUUUUAAAAUGCAAGAAUUAUUAAAACCACUAUCAUCUAAUAACAACACAAUGCAAACUAAAAUGAAAUCUGAUCUAAAGCGUUGCACGUCACUAAAAAUCCCUACAGAUAUUAAAGGCAAAUCCGAAUUUGCAGUUGACUUACUGAAUUUGAAAAAUAAGUUAGAUUUUAUUGCCCCUGAUUUAAAUUUGUCAAAAUCAGAUUUUUCUGUAUCUGAUUUGAAUUCAAAAACCGUAAAACAAGAAUUGUACAUUGCUGAUAGCAAUAUUAGUUUAAACAGAAAUACUGACUUAGGAGAACGUUCUUUGAAAAUACCUAAAAGCGAUUUUAACACAAUAGAUCUAAGUAUAUGUAAAAACUCGAAUGAAGUGAAAGAAACUGCAACGGAUUUAACCAUUCCUUCAGAUAACAGGAAUGAAGCAAAUGUAGAUACACCAUUAAAUUUGACAAUUGAAUAUUAACUACACCUGAUUAUUUAAAUGGCUUAAACAAAUGUGUAUAUUGCAGAUAGCGAACAAAACAAUUUGACAAUGCAUAUUAGAUUUCGCGACGAUGUUGUCAGUUGUAAAUAAUGCAGCGCUUUUGUAAAGAAGCAUGCACAUAAAUUAUGCACAUAUUUCAUGGGAUAUUUAUGCGUAUUGUGUAUUGUUUAAAAUAUCGUUAGUGUUUAAAAAUGUAUGCAUCAGAGACAAAAAUUUAUUGUUUUCAAAGCAAUAUCCCUUCCUUUUAGUAAUAACAACUUUAGACAAAAAUCUAUAAUUUUACUUCUGAUCAACUUCAGUAAUUAAAAAAAAUGUUGCUUUGAACUUUAAAACACGUGUAGAUUACAAAGAAAUAUGUAUCUAUUUUUUAAUUCAGGGACACCAAUGCACUAAAAAUUAUCUUGUUAAAAUUAGAAUUUUUUGGCUGUAUGUAGAUAUUAUUGCUGAAAAAGAAGAGAAAACUUCAAGUAGCUUUUGAAAUAUUAUGUUGGGAAGAAAGAGAAAAAUGUAAGUCUAGAAAUUUUAACAAGUAAAAUACCAACAAUAGAUGCAGAAUGACUAAAACUAGAAGAAGUUGUGCAAAUUCAUCUUUCGCUUUUAGAACAAAAAUCGUUAUUUUGAAUAACUCAUACAAAAUGCAGUACUUACAGGUUUUAUACAUUAGAUACCAAUGUGGCUAAACUGAACAGUAGGUUAUAGUGUACAUAUUUCUGAGCUCAUGUUGCAUGUUAAUAAUUAGUUGAAUGUAUCACAUUCUUGACAUUUCAAUAACUUUUAAAGAAUAAAAAUUGUAAAGUAGGUAUUAAUUUUCGCUGUUAAGUAAGUAAAAUAUGUAUUCAAAUGUUUAGGUUCAUUACAGUUUUAAGCGUGUAUGAUUUUGAUAAAUUCUUAAUAAAGGUAUGCGCAUAUUCCUAUAAAACACUUUACGGAUUAAUGCGUUGGAUUCCAGUAA